AUGAAUGAGUAUGAUGUAAACUUGGAAGCUGUGGCCUUCACAAUCGACACCUGUGCAGCAGGGCCGGAUGCUAUGGUCCCGCUCAGUGACCAGGUGGCCAGAUACACCGUCCAAACAUUGACAAGGACGCUACCCCCAGCAACUGGAGCAGUGCUGCUCCUUGCCGGUCAGGUUGCUCCCGAAGAGGCCGUCCGCAAUGCCAGAGCUGUGCAAGACGAGGCAGCGGACAUGACGUGGAAGAUAGCGCCUGUGUAUGGCAAUGGGCUUCUGAAGCCGGUCAUCAGUGCAUGGGCAAGUGGUCAGGAAGACACGGCCCGCGAGCUGCUGCAGCGAGCAGCUGGCAUGUUUGUCGCACCUUGGCCCUCGGCAAUGAGUCACAACUAUGCUGACCUGUAUCCCAUGUGGGUGGUGAAGCUGAUUGACGUUCUGAAGAUGUCGGGCCCUCCCCCCGUGCAUGAGGAGUUACUGAACGCUGGUGUGCUCGUGAUGCAUGAGCCAAGCUUCUCAACCGUUUUUGUUUCGCAUCAGUGGCUGGGAACAUCGCAUCCGGACAAAGCUGGCAAGCAGUUUCAGAUUCUACGCCUUUGUCUACACAAUAUUCUCACUGGCAGAGUUAAGCUGUCGGCAGGGAGUUCCAUGACACACGAACUCUCAAAUGCCUGGCAGCAUGGUUUGUCCCCGUCAGAGAUCGGCCAGCUGCACGACUCGUAUGUUUGGUUCGAUUUCUUCUCCAUUCCGCAACAUGGUGCUCGAAGAGAUUUUGCUUUGGCUGUGCAGUCGAUACCAUCCUUCGUUGAUGCUUGCAAUUUCUUUGUGGCCUUGGACCGGGGGUGGUGCCGUGCCGAAAUGUGGUGCAGGCUUCUAUCCAGUCGACCUACUAUUCCCAUCAUCGUGAUCCUGGACCAUGACCACGCAGUUUUUGCGAUGCCUUCUCAAUGCCUGCCCUUUCCUCCCAACAGUGGACACUUCACAGUUCCUGAGGACAGGGUGGAGGUCAAUAAGUUCAUUCGAAUUGCGCUACGCAACAAAAUAGGCAUGCUGGAGACGAGAAGGACAUAUGUUGAUAUCUGCCGAUACUUCAAGGCCAGAUUUGAGGAUAUUCUGGGCCUUCCUCCGGCACAUCGGAAUCCCAGCUCUUUUGUUUCUCAUUUUGGUUUUGGGUCCAGGGACAAUGCUGUGGAUGAGAAGACUUCUAUGUGCUCGAUAGCUUGCUCAGUACUCUCCAGAGACCUGAAGAUGAUGGGAUGGCUUAGCCGAGCCGGAACUUCUCUCUCGACACGGCUCACGGGCAUGGCAGGCGUUGGCAUUCCUUCAGGUUGGAUGCCCCUGCACCUUGCUGCAGAUCUGAGCCGCCAUGAUAUGGGUCCUUUGGAAGGUUUGCUGAUGGCACGAGCAAACGCAAAUGUGACGGAUACUGCCGGCAUGUCGGUCCUUGCGGCGUGUACCUCGGGAGCGGCCGUGCGACUUUUAGUCAAGCAUCGGGCCGACGUGAAUCUGCGCCGGUCUCCAAGCUUCAAAUCACCUCUGCAGGGCAGCUGUGCCCGAUUCAAUCCGACUGAUGCAGUUGCUGCGCUCAUCGAUUGCAAAGCAGAAGUGCACCCCGGUGAGCUUUGUAACUUGGCGAUGGCUGCAAGCAUGCAGCCCCACACAAUCGAGCUGGCAGAGUUGCUGCUGUUGUCCAAGGCCGAGAUCGAUGCUCGGCCCCCCUGCCCUGCUGUGCAUAGGUGCGCAGAGCUGGCUUGCCGGGCGCGGCUUGUUCUGCCACUUCCGGAGCCUCCUGCAGCAUACAGGUACGUGGCUGAGAGCAGUAGUAGCGCCCUGGGCCAUGCAUGCUUCUGGGGAAGUGUCAACCUGGCUGCCUUUCUCCUGGGAGCACGGGCAGACCCUCAAGAUCGCAACAACCGUGGACACACGCCGGCACAGCUGGCGCGACAUCAGCGUGUCCGUGACGUCCUGGAGACCUUUGCAUAUGAACCAUCUGGACAAGCUCACAGGAUAUCACUAGUGAAUCAUGACGAGACAUCGACCAGUCCAAUUCAGCUACAUUUUCACACUGGGCGAAGAGCUUCAAGAUUAUCAAGAGGUGAAUCGAACUCGUUUACCUCGGAGCAAUUUGAUGCCCUGAUGCUGAAGCAACUCAGCAUACACUCGCAAGAGGAGUCAUUCUCUGUAUAA